AUGCAAUAUCCUGUCGACAGAGGUCCUGUUGUAGAAAAUGAAAGCAUUGCAAAAAAUGAAAGCAUUGCAGAAAUGAGAUCGUUCCUCCCAGUGCCCCUUAAUUCAAAAAAACAGAAAGACUUGCUUCUUCAACACUUCACAGAGGCACUCGAAAUUGAUUUGGUGGAUGAAAACCCAUUCAAUGAGUUUCGCACAGAAUUUAUCGCAUCUAUGGCUUUUCCAACUCUGUUUCCAGAUGGGAAGGGUGAUCCCACCAACUUUUCUAUUUUACGUGAAAUUUCAUCUAGUGACACGGAGCCUUUUGCAUUGAAGUUGAAACAUUUGCUCAAAUUUGCUGAGAAAAUUGACCAGAAAUGGUUUUAUCGAAAUCCUGGGGAAGCUGAGUUCACUUUUGAAGAGUUCAAUGAGAUGCUAUCUUCAUCAGAUAAUGGGUUGUUGUCAAAAAUAUUCUAUUACACAAAGGAAAUCACUGGUUCUAAUUCAUAUUGGAAUCGCGUGAGACAAGAGCUCAAUGCGACCAUCAAACAAGUUGGUGUUCCAACAAUUUUCUUCACUCUUUCUAUGGCUGAAUAUCAUUGGCCAGAUCUACUCAAAUUGUCAAGUGUUGCAGAGGAUGCCCCUACUAGUGAAAUUAGGGAUGCGAUCACAAACAACCCACAUCUUGUAGAUUGGUUUUUUACUGAGAGAACUGAAGCGUUUGUGAAGUCUUGGUUAUAUGAUUAUUUAGGAGCAUCAUGGCAUUGGUUCCGCUACGAAUUCACUGUAUUACGUGGCUCUGUGCACUGUCAUGGACUCGCUAAACUGAAAAAUGACCCAGGAUUAGUUGAACUUACAGACAUCGCACUGAAAGGAUUUUUAGCAACUGAAUGUAGUGUCAAAGUUGACAAACGUAGCAUGUCAGAGGAUGAAUUGGCUCUUCUUGAGUAUGAUAUUGAAGUUGGUAAAUAUGCUGAACAAAUAGUUUGCAAUUACAUUGAUACACUACUUACUACUAUUAACCCUGAAGGUGAUUGUGUGUGGAGCAAACCAGUUAAGCAUCCAUGUAAAAGACUGUUCAGUGAAUUACAAAAUCCUGAACUUUUACAUACUGAUUAUGUAGAUCUGCUCAAUUCUGUCCAAAAACAUGUGUGUAGUACCUUGUAUUGUUUGAAAGAUAAUGGAAGUGGACUGGUGUGCAGAUUCAAGUACCCAUUCGAAAUGCGUUCAAACACUUCUUUGAAAUUUAAGAAAGUCAACACCAGAGAUGGAUCUCUAAAAUUGAGAGCAGAAAUAGAAACUGCCAGAAAUGAUCCCAGGUUGAACAGGCACCAACGUGUACAGCUUCAGGGUUGGAGAGCUAAUUGUGAUGUAAGUGUUGUGAUUGAUUAUCAUUCUUGUUUAGAAUACCUCACCAAAUAUGCCUCAAAACCUGAAAAGCUUUUUGUAGUUGCAAAAGAUGCAUUCACUCAUGUUGCUAAUAGUGUAUCAAAUAGUGAGUUUGAUCCUGUGAAAGUUGUCAAAAAACUUAUGAUGCGAGCCGUUGGCUUGCGUGACAUGAGUAUCCAAGAAGUGUGCCACCAAAUAUUGAAGCUCAAGUUGCAUAGUUCAUCAUUUGAAGUAAUUACAAUUUCUCUUGAUGGAUCGAGGAAGGUUGAAUCAGUAGAUGGAGAGCUGAUAACUCGGUGGUCCUUAUCAGAUAUAUAUGCUAACCGGCAUGAUUUUACCUCUGAUGUAAGAGUGAUCAACUCUAAUUUUAUCAAUUUCCAUUCUCAUUAUUUUUUGAAAGAUGGUCAAAUAAAAAAACGGCGGAAAAUGGUCAUUGUGAGAACUAUUCCAACUUACUCUUCAUACCGAAAGGGUGUUAACUAUGGUAGUUAUUGUAAGUUUAAUCUGAUCAAGUAUAAACCAUGGUCUCGUACCAUAGCUUCACUGUGGAAUAACAAUGAAGAGUGUGAUGAAACAUUCAUAGGAACAUGGGGUGCCUUUUUACAGUCAGAAAUAGCUACAGACUUGGUUCCCCAUUUUGCUUUUGAAUUAGAAAAUUUACAGAGCUCAACAAUAUAUGAAAAAGAAAGUGACGCUUCUGAUGAUGAAAAUAAUACAAAUUUGUCCAAUCAGGAUGAGAAGGAGGAAUGGAUGUUUCUCUCUGAGCUUCUCAUCAACAAUCCCAAUGACUCGGAUGAAAAUGACAGACUGGAAGAUGUGCAAUACUGGAAUCAACAGAGAAGUCAAUUUACUGAACAGGAAAUCAGCAAUAUGCCAGCCUGGAUCAGUGCCCAGAGAAGCAUUCAUCUCAACGAUGAUGUUUUAUCAGUUCCUUCUGAUGAAUCGGAAAAUAUUGAGAAGUUGAAUUUACAGCAGCGUAAAGCAUUUGACUUGGUUAUUCAUCAUUCUGAAUCUGAUACUUGUGAGCAGCUUUUACUUUUGGUCAUUGGUAAAGCAGGUAGUGGUAAGAGUUUCUUGAUUGACAGAUUGCGCUAUGCUCUAAAUGCGAGCUGUUACAUUUCAGCAUUGUUCGGUAUUGCUGCUUACAAUGUAAGCGGUAAAACACUACACUAUUUACUUAAGUUGCCUGGGAGAGGGAAGCGUAACCAUGAUCUUCAAGGUGCCAGCUUAUCACAGAUACAAAAUACAUUUUGUAAUAAAAAGUAUCUGAUCAUAGAUGAGUAUUCUGUUAUCAGUCAACGAGAUUUAUCUUGGGUCAAUAGAAGGUGUAAGCAAGCCACAGGUAUAACUGAGAAAGCAUUUGGUGGCAUAAACAUUAUUUUAGUUGGUGACUUGGGUCAGCUACCUCCUGUCAAUGGUAAGGUUCUUUACCAUCAUAAACCUUCUACAGAACAUGACUCAGAAGGACUUUUUUUAUACAACAUGUUUCAAACAGUGAUAGAGCUAACUAUCAAUCAACGAGUUUCUGGAAACAAUCAGGACUGUGUUGAAUUCAAAAAUUUGCUCUCCAAUAUCAGAGAUGGUAAACCAACACUUCACGAUUGGAACACUUUACUAACUCGCACUCCUAGAAUUUGUAAUAAUAUUGAUUCUUUCUCUGAAGCCUUGAGAUUAUCUUAUGGUAACAGAGAAGUUGCAGAGAAUAAUUUUACGUCAUUAAAAUCUCUUCAAAAACCAAUUGCCAAAAUAAAAGCAAUCCAUAGCAAAGCUUCUGCUGCUAAAUUUUCUGCUGAUGAUAUGGGUGGUCUGUCACCAUGUACUUAUUUAGCUGUAGGUGCCAGAGUGAUGCUCACAAAGAAUCUUUGGACAGAAGUGGGUUUGUGCAAUGGUUCUUUAGGAACCAUUCAUAACAUCGUGUAUGAAUCUGCUUACGAACUCUUUCCAGUAGCAAUUCUUGUUCAAUUUGACACUUAUUCUGGUCCAUGUUUUAAUAACGACAAUGUUGUGCCAAUUGCACCCUGCUCAAGCACUUCUGAAUCAUAUGGGUCAAACUUUGAAAGGACAAAAUUUCCUUUAAAAUUAGCUUGGGCCAUUACAAUUCACAAAUCACAAGGUCUUACUCUACCAAAGGUGUGGAUUGACCUUGGCAGCAGUGAAAAAUCACCAGGAUUGACUUAUGUUGCAUUGUCGAGAGUCCGAAAAUUGCAAGAUCUUAUAGUUGAACCAAUGAGUUAUGAACGUCUUACAUCCAUAAGCAAAAGUGCAAAUUUUCAAUACCGUAUUUCAGAAGAGCAUAGACUGCAUGAUAUAGCUAUAUAA